CCCUCCCUCCCUCAUUCAGGGGUGGGACUGAAGAAGAAGGCUAACUUGACAGCAGCGCUUCUUUCUUAGCUAGUCACCGGCCCUUGCUCAAGAAUGCCAGUGUGUAUGUAGCCUCCUCAAAGAGGUCGUUUUCUCCGAGUCCAGAGGGGCCGCCUGAGCUUCUAAGAACUAGGGAGGAGCCAUCCCAGCCAUGAGCCCCUGUGGGAAUCUGCUGGGGGGCAAGUGGCCUGGAGUCCUCAGGCUCCUCCAGCUGCUCCGGAGGGAGAGGUGAACUCAGGGCAGCCUGCCUGCAGCCAGAGGUGUUGGGAGCCCUGGGCCUGUCAUGGUGGCCAUCUACAGCCGGCCCGAGGCACUCAUAGACGGAUUUGCAGCUGAGCCUGUUUAUCUGGUGUGGGAAGAAGAUGGGGAGUUACUUGUCAGUCCCGGCUUACUUCACCUCCAGAGACCCAUUUCGGUGUUCAGAAUGCCAGGAUUCCCUCACCAACUGGUACUACGAGAAAGAUGGGAAGCUCUACUGCCCCAAGGACUACUGGGGGAAGUUUGGGGAGUUCUGUCAUGGGUGCUCCCUGCUGAUGACAGGGCCUUUUAUGGUGGCUGGGGAGUUCAAGUAUCACCCAGAGUGCUUUGCCUGUAUGAGCUGCAAGGUGAUCAUCGAGGAUGGGGAUGCAUAUGCACUGGUGCAGCACGCCACCCUCUACUGUGGGAAGUGCCACAAUGAGGUGGUGCUGGCACCUAUGUUUGAGAGACUCUCCACAGAGUCUGUUCAGGACCAGCUGCCCUACUCUGUCACGCUCAUCUCCAUGCCAGCGACCACUGAAGGCAGGCGGGGCUUCUCUGUGUCCGUGGAGAGUGCCUGCUCCAACUACGCCACCACUGUGCAAGUGAAAGAGGUCAACCGGAUGCACAUCAGUCCCAACAAUCGCAAUGCCAUCCACCCUGGGGACCGCAUCCUGGAGAUCAAUGGGACCCCGGUCCGCACACUUCGAGUGGAGGAGGUGGAGGAUGCAAUUAGCCAGACGAGCCAGACACUUCAGCUGUUGAUUGAACAUGACCCCGUCUCCCAACGCCUGGACCAGCUGCGGCUGGAGGCCCAGCUCGCUCCUCACAUGCAGAAUGCCGGACACCCCCACACCCUCAGCACCCUGGACACCAAGGAGAAUCUGGAGGGGACACUGAGGAGACGUUCCCUGAGGCGCAGUAACAGCAUCUCCAGGUCCCCUGGCCCCAGCUCCCCAAAGGAGCCCCUGCUGUUCAGCCGUGACAUCAGCCGCUCAGAAUCCCUUCGUUGUUCCAGCAGCUAUUCACAGCAGAUCUUCCGGCCCUGUGACCUAAUCCACGGGGAGGUCCUGGGGAAGGGCUUCUUUGGGCAGGCUAUCAAGGUGACACACAAAGCCACGGGCAAAGUGAUGGUCAUGAAAGAGUUAAUUCGAUGUGAUGAGGAGACCCAGAAAACUUUUCUGACUGAGGUGAAAGUGAUGCGCAGCCUGGACCACCCCAAUGUGCUCAAGUUCAUUGGUGUGCUGUACAAGGAUAAGAAGCUGAACCUGCUGACAGAGUACAUUGAGGGGGGCACACUGAAGGACUUCCUGCGCAAUAUGGAUCCGUUCCCCUGGCAGCAGAAGGUCAGGUUUGCCAAAGGAAUUGCCUCCGGAAUGGCCUAUUUGCACUCAAUGUGUAUCAUCCACCGGGAUCUGAACUCUCACAACUGCCUCAUCAAGUUGGACAAGACUGUGGUGGUGGCAGACUUUGGGCUGUCACGGCUCAUAGUGGAAGAGAGGAAAAGGCCCCCCAUGGAGAAGGCCACCACCAAGAAACGCACCUUGCGCAAGAACGACCGCAAGAAGCGCUACACGGUGGUGGGAAACCCCUACUGGAUGGCCCCUGAGAUGCUGAAUGGAAAGAGCUAUGAUGAGACGGUGGAUAUCUUCUCCUUUGGGAUCGUUCUCUGUGAGAUCAUUGGGCAGGUGUAUGCAGAUCCUGACUGCCUUCCCCGAACACUGGACUUUGGCCUUAACGUGAAGCUUUUCUGGGAGAAGUUUGUUCCCACAGAUUGUCCCCCAGCCUUCUUCCCCCUGGCCGCCAUCUGCUGCAGACUGGAGCCUGAGAGCAGACCAGCAUUCUCAAAACUGGAGGACUCCUUUGAGGCCCUCUCCCUAUACCUGGGGGAGCUGGGCAUCCCACUGCCUGCAGAGCUGGAGGAGUUGGACCACACUGUGAGCAUGCAGUAUGGCCUGACCCGGGACUCACCUCCCUAGCCCUGGCCCAGCCCCCUGCAGGGGGGUGUUCUACAGCCAGCAUUGCCCCUCUGCGCCCCAUCCCUGCUGUGAGCAGGGCCGUCCGGGCUUCCUGUGGAUUGGCGGCCUGUUUAGAAGCAGAACAAGCCAUUCCUACUACCUCCCCAGGAGGCAAGUGAGCGCAGCACCAGGGAAAUGUAUCUCCACAGGUUCUGGGGCCUAGUUACUGUCUGUAAAUCCAAUACUUGCCUGAAAGCUGUGAAGAAGAAAAAAAAAAGCCUGGCCUUUGGGCCAGGAGGAAUCUGUUACUCAGAUCCACCCAGGAACUCCCUGGCAGUGGAUUGUGGGAGGCUGUCGCUUACACUAAUCAGCGUGACCUGGACCUGCUGGGCAGGAUCCCAGGGUGAACCUGCCUGUGAACUCUGAAGUCACUAGUCCAGCUGGGUGCAGGAGGACUUCAAGCGUGUGGACGAAAGAAAGACUGGUGGCCAGAAGGCACUCAAAGGGUGUGAAAAAGACAGUGAUGCUCCCCCUUUCCACUCCAGAUCCUGCCCUUCCUGGAGCAAGGUUGAGGGAGUAGGUCUUGAAGAGUCCCUUAAUAUGUGGUAGAACAGGCCAGGAGUUAGAGAAAGGGCUGACUUCUGUUUACCUGCUCACUGGCUCUAACCAGCCCAGGGCCCACAUCAAUGUGAGGGGAAGCCUCCACCUCAUGUUUUCAACUUACUACUGGAAACUGGCUGAGAACUUAACAGGCAACAUCCUUUCUGUCUGCAACAGUCACAAGCACAGGAAGAGGCUAGGGGACUAGAAAGAGGCCCUGCACUCUAGAAAGCUCAGAUCAGGCCGGGCGCGGUGGCUCACGCCUGUAAUCCCAGCACUUUGGGAGGCCGAGGCGGGCGGAUCACAAGGUCAGGAGAUCGAGACCAUGGUGAAACCCCGUCUCUACUAAAAAUAGAAAAAAUUAGCCGGGCGCAGUGGCGGGCGCCUGUAGUCCCAGCUACUCGGGAGGCUGAGGCAGGAGAAUGGCGUGAACCCAGGAGUCGGAGCUUGCAGUGAGCCGAGAUUGCGCCACUGCACUCCAGCCUGGGCGACAGAGCGAGACUCCGUCUCAAAAAAAAAAAAGAAUAGAAAGCUCAGAUCUUGGCUUCUGUUACUCAUACUCUGGUGGGCUCCUUAGUCAGAUGCCUAAGACAUUUUGCCUAAAGCUAGAUGGGUUCUGGAGGAUAGUAGCUUGUCACAGGCCUAGAGUCUGAGGGAGGGGAGUGGGAAUCUCAGCAAUCUCUUGGUCUUGGCCUCAUGGCAACCAUUGCUCACCCUUCAGCAUGCCUGGUUUAGGCAGCAGCUUGGGCUGGGAAGAGGUGGUGGCAGAGUCCCAAAGCUAAGAUGCUGAGAGAGACAGCUCCCUGAGCUGGGCCAUCUGACUUCUACCUCCCAUGUUUGCUCUCCCAGCUCAUGAGCUCCUGGGCAGCAUCCUCCUGAGCCACAUCUGCAGGUACUAGAAAACCUCCAUCUUGGCUCCCAGAGCUCUAGGAACUCUUCAUCACAACUAGAUUUGCCUCUUCUAAGUGUAUGUGAGGUUGCACCAUAUUUAAUAAAUUGGGAAAGGGUUUGGUGUAUUAAUGCAAUGUGUGGUGGUUGUAUUGGAGCAGGGGGAAUUGAUAAAGGAGUGGUUGCUGUUAAUAUUAUCUUCUUGUUAUAUCUAUUGGGUGGUAUGUGAAAUAUUGUACAUAGACCUGAUGAGUUGUGGGACCAGAUGUCAUCUCUGGUCAGAGUUUACUUGAUAUAUAGACUGUACUUCUGUGUGAAGUUUGCAAGCUUGCUGUAGGACUGAGCCCUGAACUCCCAGCAGCAGCACAGUUCAGCAUUGUGUGGCUGGUUGUUUCCCAGCUGUCCCCAGCAAGUGUAGGAGUGGUGGGCCUGAACGGGGCCAUUGAUCAAACUAAAUAAAUUAAGCAGUUAA